UUUGUCUGUUUGUUUAUUCUGUCUAUAUGAUUUUAAUUAGUCCUAACCUAAGCUGUGGAUUAAUUACAUCAUCUUCUUCCUGAAAGAAUCGUGAGACUUCAACUACAACCGAUCACUUUGACCAACUUAUUCAAACUUAAUUUAAUACUUAGGAUUAGGAUAUAAUUGGAAGUUUAUUUGGGUAGGAAGGAUAGAAAGUAAUCUUGUCCAUCUAUUUAGUAAUCAGUUUUCGAACCAGUUCGGUUUGACUUUAACCAGUUUCAACUGACAUGUUCUCACAAAAGACUUCAAACUGGUGGAUCGGUUCGGUUUUUGAACCGGUUUAACCCAAACCGGUUUCUACAUCUGGAUCCGGUUUUGUUGUGCACCUCUAACUAGUAUCCAUGAAUAGAUUAUGGCAAUCAUACUUCGCUGUCUAUUUAUUAUAUGGUUUGAAAAACACCAACUAAUAGUCAAGUCUUUCUCAAAAUGAAUCCAAUCCUAAACUGUUGAUUACUUACACCAUCUUGAAUUCCUUGACCAAACUUCAAUUUCUCUCUUUCAAACCACAUAGUAAUGGCAACAGAAGAGUUUAAUAAUAUUAUGGAUCAACUCUUAGAUAGUUGUGAUAUUACUCCAGCUCUAAUGAAUAAGCUAUUUGAUAAGCUAAGGCUUUUUUACAGUUCAGAAAUGGAAUCAAAUCGGGAAAAACAUUACAGCAAACCAAUGUUAUGGAUUGGGAUGUACAUCGCUUUGGCAUCAGUGUUGCAUCAUUCUGAUGUUUGCUGAUUUAUUACAUGGUUUAAGAAGCAGAAAGCUAUGGUUUCCCUGUAAAUACUUUACUAUUAAUGCUGCUUUUCUCUCUGUGAUAGCUGUUGCAAUGAAGUUACCGGUGGAUCUAAGUGGUUCUAUGCCUGGUGUUGUGGACCAAGUGGCAAAGCUCGGAAGCAUGGCCUUUAUGUGCACCAUGAUGGCCAACUUAUUUCCUUGCUUAGCAACCAUGGACAACAAUGAGCUUUUGACAAACAUUACAGCUUUGGGUGUUUUGGUAAUCACCUUGGUUGUCAAUGUCUGCAUUCAAAUACAAACGGGUGUUGUCGAGGGCGGAAAUACAGGAGGGUCCGAUGUCUCCCGGAUCAGCUCUGUUUUACUUCCAAGAGGUUAUGAUUUACGGGUUUUAGCAAAAAUUUCCAGUUCCACUAUAGCCACAAUUUAUGUGACUUUCUUACUCUUUUUGUUAAUAAUACAUGUAUGUUCAUCUUUAGCAAUUCUAAAAUCCAAACGGAUUAUAGAAUUGAAAUACCAAAAAGUACAUGAAACAGCUUCAAAAGAUGUUCGGGAGGGAUGCCAAGAUCCUGGGCAGAGCGAUCUUCCCAUCAUGAUCGCCUCUCAAGGUACAUCACGACCUACACGCAACACCGGCGAGCCCCAGGAAGGCAACUCACAAUCAACUAGAAAAUUAUUAACAGUUGAGAAGCUACAGCAACUUGUGAGCAACUAUUGGAUCAUGGCAGGAAGUGGCAGCCCUCAAUUCAUCAUGGCUUGCUCAGCGACAACCACUGCUUCUGGGGUAAUAUGUGCUUUAACCACCAUCUUACACGCUUUUACUGUAUCUUGGUCUAUUUCUUCAUUGUUAGAAAUGGACUAUGGUUCAGCUUAUAAGUGGUCAACCUUACUGAUUCUCAUUGUACAAUUUGUCGGAAUUGUACUUGGUACAAUUGCACCACUUUCUAGAUGUUUUGCAACCUUAAGCUUCAAGGUGUCCAUCCAAAGCAUUCGGAAUCAUAUUAAGGUCUUUAAAGUAGAGAAAUACUGGACCCAUAAGCUAUAUGACUGGAAAUAUGGUAUCAUUCCAUUCCCAUUUCAUAGCUGCAAACGUGAACUCAAGGUGAUCAUCAAGUAUCUAAAAGGCCUAAUUCUCAUGUUUUCUAUAAAAAUUCAGGAGGGUGUUGUGGUACUAUGCAAGAUAAUAGCGUUGAUCCCCUUUUGCUUGAUGAUAUGUGUCCUGUAUAGUUUGCGUUUUUUGAAGUGGUCAUUACAGGCCAUUUUUCGUUCACGGGAAAAAAAGACUCAGAACUUGGAACAACGCAAAUAUGUUUUGCAACUUGAAGAUGAAAACGAGCUAGCUGACAGAACAUUGGAAGGUCUUUUGAAAACUUUUAACCGACUGAUCCAAAAGAGUGAAAAGAAGCAACCCAAAAGUCUCAUGACGCUAAUUUUAGAAAAUUCCACAGAAGGUUUUCAAGGAGUUAAGAUAUUCCACAGGGACGGUCCUCAUGUUCAGCGUUCGUUGUCCAAAGUAGAAUAUCGAGAUUGCUGGAGCUUACCGGUGGUAACCCUAACAACCAUUGCCGUUACUCUUCCUAACAUCGACAAGGUGAAAGUUAAAAGCUUGUUGAAAAGCGUGAGGGAAGGGCUUCAAUACGUCACACUUGUAGAAGAAACCCUCAAUGCUACUGAUGAUCACUAUAAAAGUAUUCAAAAGGCUUCUAAAGUCUUGUGGGAAGAGGUUGAUUUUCGCCACAAAUGGUUAGGAAUCAAGUUGAAAGAUAUUGUUUGUCAAGUGAAUAAAACUGCUUACCAAGUGGAUACAACACCACAAAAUGUUCAGUUGUUCUUUGAAAAAGCUAAAAACAUGAUCAAUGAAGGGGUGGGGAGUACGGAUAUUGAAGGCCCGGAUGGUUAUUCUGAACACAUAUCUAUUUGUGCCUACUCAAUGUUUCGUAUCACUGAAACAAUCAUUGAUGACACGGAAAGCCACAAGAAGCUAUUUGAUGAAUUAUCCUCAAGGAUCGCUGACAUAAUGGCGGCAUGUCUCACCAACCUACCCCAUGUCAUUGCAAAGAAAUGCCACACUAGUGUGAUAGAGAAAAGGGAAGCAAGUGUCCAAGUUGCAACCAAACUGCUAGGUGAGACUAAGCACAUAGUCAACACCCUUCAAGGCCCCCUUCAAGACAAAUGGCAUGCUUAUUUAAGUAUGAAUCCAGAAGACUUGGCGUUUAUUGACAAAUGGCGUGCUUAUUCAAGUGAACCUUGAAUCACUUCUGUUCUUCCAUUAAUGAAUGUGUGAAUCUACCUUUGCUCCUCAAAGCAAAUCCGAUGGGAUCAAGAUUGAACUAAUAGUUUGGCGAACCAGCGUGUGAACCAGUGUGUGAAGCUACCUUUAGUUUCUAAACUUUGUAACAAGUUAUUUUGUAAUAACUCGUACCUUUUCCUAGUUUACUUGUAAGAUAUAUGUUGCUUGUUGAAUGUAUUUGAUAUUUGGUAUGGUUUGAGAAAUGAUUCAAAUAUUUUCAUAUGGA